AUGGCUUCUCAACCUCACCACCUCAAUCUCAUCAUCAUCUUGUUCACCUUGAUUUUGGUAUUUAAAUUUGCAUAUUCUCGCCCACUUAAAUCAAACCUCGCAGAAGAAAAUGAAUCGGAAAAGAUGGUGAAUAAUAACUUCAAUUUGAAUAACAACAACAACAACAAGAAGCAGGAGGCGAAGAAGACGAACCUUAAAGAUAUGAAAGCCUUGCCGUCGUUUCCUCUUCCUGACAACAUCCCAUUUUUACCUCCGUUGCCAAACUUGCCUUUGCCGCCUCCAUUGCCAAACUUUCCAUUUCCACCGCCACUGCCUCAGUUUCCAUUUCCUCCCAACCCAUUUAACAUGCCAUUGCCACCGUUUCCUUUUACUUUUCCAUUGCCUCCCUUUCCCUUCAAUUCACCUUCUGCUCCAUAA